UGCUCAGCUCAGACCUUUCCAAACUCGCGACCCAGCGUCCAUACACACAGCAGCCUUUUUGUUCUCCCCGCGAGCGCUCUCUUUCUCUAUCGACUGGCGACGACUCCGCCACCGCCGCCGCUCUACGCGAGACGCCCAGGUCUUCGCCAACGACGAGCAUCCGGUACGCUCACCCAAUCUCUUCCCUUACUUACUGCUAUGCGGAAACAAGCGCCCAAACCCUAAACUUGGUUAUUUGUAAUCGGAUCUGAUGUGAUCUACAAGUUUAUAUACAAUUGCAAACCCCAGAUUACGAGCUACAGGGUUAGAGAGGAAGAAAUUGCAACCGAAACAAUGGCGGCAGAUUCCGGCGCUCGCAGACAACCAAGCUUCACCAAGGUCGACCAGCUGCGCCCUGGAACCCACGGCCACAACCUCAUCCUCAAGGUUGUUGACUCCAAGAUGGUCGUCCAGAGAGGCCGCGAGGGAGGGCCCCAGGGAAGACAGAUGAGGAUUGCGGAGUGCUUGGUUGGUGAUGAAACCGGCAUCAUUGUCUUCACUGCAAGAAACGAUCAAGUGGAUGUAAUUAGGCCUGGAACAACUGUUGAACUGAGGAACGCAAAGAUCGACAUGUUCAAGGGUUCGAUGCGGCUUGCAGUGGACAAGUGGGGAAUUGUGAAAGCUGCUGAAAGCUCAGCUGAGUGGACAGUCAAGGAGGACAACAACCUGUCCUUAAUUGAGUUUGAGCUGGUGACCGUGACGGAGUGAAAACCGCCAUUGCUUAGGAGUAUUGUUGGUUUGCUGUGUUGUUGAACCUAAUCAUCAUCGCCAAUCAAUAAGGACUCGUGGUUGAUGUUCUCGGCAUCGGAGUUGCGUAUUGCUGUACCGUUGCUUGCUUACUGUGCGUUGUGGCUACUUUUGACUGCUAUCGAAUAAUAAUAAAUUGGUGUCAUGAAGUGGAAAAUGCCAUGCGAUGAUGGCUACUUUCUGCAGCAGCGCCUGUUGUUCCA